AUGCCCAACAUGCUUUCAAGACUUGGAAUGGAUACAAAGGAGCUUUCCUCCACAGAUUUGAUAAAAAUCCUGUUUAUGUCCCACCACCACGCCCAAGCUAUUCACAAUACCAUCAUCAUCGUCAGACAUAACAAGACACCCCUUUUCCCAAGGGAGAGUUAUCAAGCUGCGCGCCUAACCAAGAUUGAAGAUAUGCUUCAAGAGUACUUGAGAAAUCAAGAAGAAGAGUACAAAGAAGAUGGGAGAAGAAUCGAUUUCAUCCAUGAGAGCCUUGGAAACAAAUCUGAAGUCCUAUUCAAGCAAGUGAUCAAGCUUGAUGAAGACAUUAAGAAGUUAAGAGAGGAUCAUGAUCGAUCUUUGACCCUAGUUAAGCUUGAUGUUGCUUCCAAAUAUCAAGAGUUGCUGAACAAGAGCAUGAGAAUUGAAGAUACUAGCUAUGGCAAUAGCAAGCACCUUGGAUCAAUCUACAACCGCCUACAAGCCCUUGAAGGAUCAUCUCAUGCUACUUACAAGAGAGAGAGGAGCCCAACACCCAACCACCCUCCCUUUUAUUGCAAUGCCAUCACAAGAAGAAGCACUACUCAAGUCCACAAGGAUAGUGAAGAAGAAGAAGAAAGAGAGUAUGAGGAACAAUUGAAUGAUGAAGAUGAAGAGCAGAGCAUCGACAUCAAUGCUUCCCCAAAACAGAGCAUGGAUACACCAAGCCCUAGAGACCCUCGUUUCUCACCAAGAAGUCAAGCCCCUACACUUCCAAGAUUGGAAGCAAUGCAAAGACCAUCACCACCUACUGAAGAAGAAGAUACUUGGCAAUAUGAUCCCAUUGAUCCCAACAAGAUAAGCCCCAUGAAGCUUAAAGAGUUCAAUGCUAAGGUGAAAUCACUUCCAUUCUAUGUCACUUUUGAAGAAGCUUGGGAAAAACAUGGUCUAGUGGAGUUCUUUUUCACAACUAGUGAAAACAAAGAAGAGAUACACCAACUCUUCAGGAAGCACGAUUUCCCCUUGCCCCUCAUGCAGUCAAUCAACCACCAUCUUCACCACAACCCAAGUGCUUGGCGCCACUACCCAUUCACCACUUUCUUCCACAACUGCAAGGAGACACCUGAAGACAUAAGAGAGCUUUUUAAGAAAGCUAAAGUUCAGCCUACCUUCAAGACCCUCUACAAGAUAGAAGACCCAGCCAAGCCAAGAGGAGUUGUUGUUGAUGUUCUUCUAGAGAUUGGAGAUAUCAAGAUUCCGGUGGACUUUCAUGUCAUAAACAUUCAAGGAGGAUGUGACACACCAUUGAUACUAGGCCGACCCUUUUUGGCCACUGCUGGAGCUGUCAUGGACCUUCCAAACCGGCGAAUGUCCUUAGCCAAUGUGGACAAGACAGUCUUUUACAAGACCAUACCAUUCAUUGCACCAAACAAGCUGUCUUACCUCAUCACUGCCCAAGGCCGCCCAAGAGAGCCACCAGACCACACUCAAGGUCACAAUGAGACAAGAACUAAAAGACUAUGUCUCAGGCCGUGCCCUUACCCCAUUCCAACUAAGAGAUCCUAUCAGUCAAGCUAA